AUGGUGAUUCUCACUGACGAACAGCGCGAUCCAAAACUAAUUCCAACCCGCUCCAACAUUAUUGCUGCUAUGCGUUGGUUGGUGAAUAACGCGGCCCCGAACGAUUCGUUCUUUUUACACUUUUCGGGUCAUGGUGGGCAGAAAAGGGAUAACGAUGGGGAUGAAGAGGAUGGUUAUGACGAGACAAUUAUGCCCCUGGAUUUUCAAACAGCCGGAGAGAUAGUUGACGAUGAGAUGCACGCUAUUUUAGUACGUCCACUUCCCGCAGGCUGUCGUUUAACCGUAAUAUUUGACUCCUGCCAUUCCGGUACCGCUCUCGACCUUCCAUACGUUUACUCGACGAAAGGUUUGAUCAAAGAACCUAACCUCCUUUCUGAUGCAAAAUCCUCACUCAUGGACGCUGGGAAGAGCUAUCUACGUGGAGAUAUAAAAGCAAUAGGUACUACAUUGUUUGCGCUCGGGAAAAAAGCAGCGACUGGACAGAAAGUUGCAAGAAAGAAUAGGGAAACCAAGAGUAGUCCCGCAGAUGUCAUAAUGUUCAGUGGUUGUAAAGAUUUACAGACAUCCGCUGACACAAUGGAGGCUGGGCAGAAUACCGGGGCUAUGUCUUAUGCAUUUAUCAAAACAUUAAGCCAAAACAGAAACAUAACGUACAAACAGCUAUUAUAUGGUGUUAGAGAAAUUCUUGCUGCAAAGUAUUCGCAGAAGCCGCAGCUGAGUUCGUAA